AUUGCCUUUAACCCGAGCAGACGAAAAAAAUGGCGGCCUCCAGCUUAACAAGAUGCGUGCGUUUAUGUAACAAACACUUCAACAACAUCUGCAGGUUCUCCACCUCCAUCAAAAGAAAUGGUGAGGUACGACCAGAAAUUGGUCAAGCAGCCACCUUGAUGGAUAUAGGAACCCGUGAAAUCUUCUCUGCUGAGCACGAUAUGUUCAGACAAAAUGUUAGGAGAUUCUUUCAAGAAGAAGUGCUUCCCCAUCACACCAAGUGGGAAAAAGAUGGGCAGGUCAGCAGAGAGGUUUGGGAGAAAGCAGGUCAGAAUGGAUUGUUGGGUAUCAAUACAAAAGAGGAACAUGGAGGAGUAGGAGGGGAUGUCCUGUCCACAGCCAUCACCUGGGAAGAACAGAUGUAUGUGAACUGUUCAGGACCAGGUUUUAGUCUGCACUCUGACAUUAUAAUGCCAUACAUCUCACAUUACGGAACUAAAGAGCAGAUUGAGAAGUUCAUCCCGAGAAUGACUGCAGGAACCUGUAUUGGAGCCAUAGCAAUGUCGGAACCUGGAGCAGGCAGUGACUUGCAAGGAAUUCGAACUAAUGCCAAAAAAGACGGUUCUGACUACAUUUUGAAUGGAUCAAAGGUGUUCAUUACAAAUGGCUGGAUGUCAGACGUAGUCAUUGUUGUGGCCAUUACUAACCCUGAAGCCAAAUCAAAGGCCCAUGGUAUUAGUCUCUUCCUUGUGGAGGACGGAAUGAAAGGUUUUGUCAAAGGCAGAAAAUUAGAGAAAAUUGGAUUCAAAGCACAGGACACUGCAGAAUUGUUCUUUGAAGAUGUCCGCCUUCCUAAGGAGUCCCUACUGGGUGAAGAAAACAAGGGAUUCUAUUAUCUGAUGCAGGAGCUGCCACAGGAGAGGCUUAUCAUUGCAGACAUGGCUAUAGGAUCCUGUGAGUGGAUGUUUGAGGAAACUAGGAACUAUGUCAGGCAAAGGAAGGCCUUCGGAAAAACUAUUUCUAACCUUCAGACUGUUCAACACAAGCUGGCAGAGCUAAAAACAGAGAUAUGUGUGGGACGAGCUUUCCUGGACCAGUGCUUGAAAAUUCACAAUGAGAGAGGACUGGACUCAUCAUCAGCAUCUAUGGCUAAAUACUGGGCCUCCGACCUACAGAACUCGGUUGCCACCCGUUGUUUACAGUUACAUGGAGGCUGGGGCUACAUGUGGGAGUACCCCAUUGCCAAGGCUUUUGUUGAUGCCAGAGUGCAGCCCAUAUAUGGAGGAAGUAAUGAAAUCAUGAAGGAGCUCAUCGCCCGACAAAUUGUGUCUGACAAAUAGACUUGGGAGUUACAAAAACUUUCUAAACUGAAUGGAAAAAAUGAAAGCAGCAUCAUUAUCAUUUAUUUACUUCCAUUCAAACAUCAAAAAUAUUCCAGACAAUUAUAAAAUUGAGUUUGAUGAGAUUUUCUCUAUGCAUCAAAAUCAACACUUAAUUUUAUCUUUUUCUAAUGUACACUAUUAAUCAGUGUGUAAUCUGUAUGAAACAUUUUCAGAUUUUGAAAAGUGAAUCAUUUUGAGAAAAUUGAUUCUUAAUUGACUGUGAUAUUUGUGUAUUUUUCAAAAAGUUGUCAAAUAGUGUACCUCAGUUUAUCUGCUUACCUGUUUCUUUUGUCAUGCAUAAUGAUAUAUUUUGUGAUAUAUACAACUUAUUAAAGAUGAUGAAAGUA